AUGUAAUAUUCGAAUUCAAAAUAGUAGUGCUCAACAGAUAUGAAAUAGAGACUAUUAAAUAUUUUAUCAGAGAAAAAUAAAAAGGUAAUUGCUUAGUAGAAACAAUACUCAAAUUUAGAUUAAUAUUCAUUGUAAAUGAAAUUAUCAUAACGAUCUCAUAAAUUGCCUAUUGAAAUGACUAAAUUUGAAAGAGAAUAGUGGCUAUUUGAAAUGCUAAAUAAUUAAGAUCUUGAAUAAAAAGUAUUAAUAUAUAGAAGAAAGUUAAGGAAUAGGGAUUGAAAGAUAUUUAAGUAAAAACAACGAAAUUAAUUACAAGGUAUCAAUAUAAAGAGAUAAAGUGGAAUAGAAAAAGAGAAGAUUUAUAAAAAGAAAUUGAUUUAUUACGACUAUUAUUAUAAUAAUAAUAUUGA